AUGAAGAAUAUCAUCAUUCCACAACCCAACUCACCAUCUGGGUGGCAGGCUUAUGCGAGUGAGAAAGCCGUGGCCAGUAUUCCACUACAAGCAGCUCAAGAUGUUAACCAGACGUCGAGCAUCGCAACAUUUCGUGGGAUUUUCCUUAAUGCUUCCGCGGUUCUUCCACACUCUAUGAGCCGAGUAAACACCUAUGCCGAUGUUCUUGCCCUAGACCAAACCACCAUUGUUGCGCCCAACGACAACGGAACAAUACUUAUUGUCUCCCGGGUUCUCACCUCAAACAGUCCAGUGACCCUCACAGUUCCAAGAGGUCUUACGACAACAUGUGUAGUCUCAAUCUACACAUCAGUAAUCAAUCAGCCAAUCACAGUAGCCACAGGUGAUAAUACCAGGCGUAUUGCCCUCGAUCAGAUAGGAACCGGAAAGGUCAAUGCUGGAGUAAUUGUAGUCUUUAGUCCAAAUGGUCUACAAGUCGAAUACCAGAGAUACUAUCCUUCUACUACCAGCAAAGAGCUUCAAGCAAGUUUGAACACGCAGCUUCAAAUUGGUCUUAUUCAAUUCUGGCGAAAUAGUUCCAUAGCGAUUUCAAUAUGCUCUCAUGUUGCAAAGAUCAGUACGAGGCAACAAGCCUAUGCCCUUAUCAAUACGCAAGCAAGAGCACUUGGUCAGCAACUGGCUGGCCAAGCAAUGGCUGGAAAAAAUAUGAGCUAUGCUCCAGUGUUGGUUCUCAGUCGAUAUAAAGAGACGACCCAAGCCGCAUUAAACGCUGCGGCAGCAUUUGAACAACAAUUCGAACGCUUUCAGGAUAAGGCACAGUCCUUGGAUGUUCACAUGCAAGCAUGGAAUAUCAUGUUAUCGCAAGCUAUCAAUGAGUAUAACAUGCGAAUCAGCAUGCGCAACUUAGCACUCGAAAAAUACGAAUCUUCUGUAAGAACAGCUACUAGCUGUUUUCAACAAUUUGAUAACGACGUUUUUGCUUUGGAAUCUCUACGAAUAGCUUUCCAAUUGGGUUUGAGUAACUGGGCUUUCGAGCAAAAAUUGAGAGCUGUGUUCGAGAUUCUGCAAGCAACCGUCACAUUUGCAAUUGCAGUUGGCCAGCUCUGUCUUGGUAGUCCUGGCGGAGUUGCCCAAGGCGCGAUAGCUGGAAGACAGGCAAUUGGAGCUGUUGUCGCAGCAGAGAGGAUCGCUGGCCAGGUGAACAAAAUUUUGUCCUCUGGCACAUUACAAACUCUUCUAGACUGCAUCGAGGCCCUUGGUACUUUGUAUCCUUCGGUCGAUACUAUAGUGAGAACACUGAUACAGUUUGAAAAUAAUCCAAACAUCAAUAUUCCUACCACGGGGGAUAUCUCCGGCACAAGUCGAGGGGAUGCUGAUGCUGCCGCUAUCGUAACCAUGGCUGCAUGGGACAGAUGGCUUCUAGAAGCCGAUGAUCAAAUGUUAUUCGCGGUUUCACAGGGUGUUGCAGGUGCAAGUGCGUACCAACUAGGCCUACGAAAGCACGCUAUCAAUGGGAAACAAUUGGCUCAAGCACAAGCAGAAGCAGUGAAAUCUGGGUAUGAAUAUGUUCAGACGCAGAUGGAAGUCAUUCGGUGUUCUCAAAAUAUCGCAGAUCUUCAAGCAUUAAAGGCUGGGUUUGUUGGUCAAGAAGCUGUUUAUCUUGAAGCCAAAUCAAUGUUCUAUGACCGGGCUAUGGCUUUGCGAACCAAUGUCGUCCUCUCACUUCGAAAUAUGACUUGGGCAUAUCGUUAUUGGGCGCUUUCCGAUAGUUCAAUCAAUCUCGAUGGACAAAAGCCUUUGGUUGAGUACCAACAAGAUCUCUCUACUGUCAUCAUGGAGUUGGAACGCGCCGACUCAAGAUGGGCUAGUGAUCACCAACCUUUUAAUUAUGACAUUCUAUCGAACACGCUCCCUUCCAACCAAGGUCAAUCGAUGAUCAAUGGCAUCAAAAGUAAUGAUAACACUGCUAGUUUUACUCUUCUUACCGAGAAACAUCUUGCGAGUCAAUUUGUUGAGGGGUCUCAUUACCGAUUGAACGGUAUGGACCCUACUCUAAAUGGGAUUCUUCCUAGACCCGAAGCAAUGCAAGGUGGUAUUGUUGUUGUGAGACUGCAAAUUACAACAUCGGGUAUCUAUUCAGAUAUCUACAAUAACCAAGUAUUCCAUUUCUCCAGUAUCCCCCAGGUAAGAAGGUGCUCAUAUGAUCUUUAUUCAAAUGGCACGAGAGGCGCGACACGUGAUGAGCCUAUAUUCGAGACUAAAGAUCAUGCCGAGCCUACUCCCUUUACACAAUGGAAGAUUAAGUUGCUGAAUCCUGGGGAAGUCAUUCUGAAUGGGUUGAAUGGAAUCAAUUUGAAAUGGAAGGGGCGUGUUCGCUUUGAUGAAAGACAUCGAUUGAUUCGGGGUAUUGAGGAAUUGUAG